UGGUGUUUUGUACAAGAACUAUAAAAAGCAUGAUAACAAGACUUUCAGUGUACUAUUCGUUUGCAGUCUUAUUUUAUUAGAGAGAGUGUAAUCACAGUCAUUUCUUUAUUCUACAUAAUAUUCUUAUAUUCCUAAAAGGAGAAAAUCUUUUUAUUUACUUUGAAAAUUAAGCCAUCAAAAACAUGUAAUUUUUUUAACUUUUUUUUUUUUUUUGCAUUGAGUCAACAUCAACACAUAUUCAUGAAAAGAUCAUAAUGAGGAAUAUAAUUAUGUAGAUGGAAUUUAUACGCAGUGGGUAAUAACAAAGCCAGAAACAAUGCCGCUAAAAAGAUUGUCUGAUGACCAGAUGGUUACUCCAUGCGACGUGAAGGGAAUGCAAACUAUUGCUGAUUUAAAAGUUGCUGUCGCAAGAAUAUUACAUUCUUCGAAAGAAUUGAUUGAAAUUGUGGACAAAGAAAACGCAUUACUUUACAAAGAAGAUAUAAGUUUUGAGGAUUUCCUGAAUAAAGAAGAUAGUAUCAAUGUGAUUGUACGACCUAGCACACGCGAAGAACAAUAUGACAGAGUUGAAUAUGAAGAUUAUGAUAAACUUUAUCUUAAGCCUAGAAAUCGAGAGUGCAAACACAACUCAGAUCCAGAUGUACUAUUUGAAAUCAUCCAUCGUCUGUUGGUUGGAGAAGAAAUAGAUAUAAAAUGUCCAGCAUGUGGAAACAAACUAAUUACCGAUGAAACAUUUGACAUGUGUAAUAUGUCAGAGGAUGAAGUGCGUUUCUACACAGAUAAAUUAAAAAGAAAAAGAGAUUUGAUAAAUUAACAUACAGUGAUGGUGAUAAAACUGUAUAUCCGGCAUAUUCAUAUUCUAUAUAAAUUACGGCUUUUGGCUUGUAUUGUACACUACUAAUCAUAUUAAAAUAUAUACUCUAUUUAUCAUUCUAAUAAUUUAUCAUAAU